AUGGCAAGAACCGGUUAUCGCAAAACAUUGCCAUGGCUUUUAAUUAUAUUAGUAUACCUUGUUUAUGUCAAUUUUUGGCCUCGGGAAAAACCGAAUAACCAAGUUGGUGCAGUAAUACAUCAAGCGGCCAAUCAAGAGAAUGCAGCGUUGGAUAAAGUAGCUUUGGAUGCACCAGUAUUGAAUAAGGUAGAUACUAAAGAUGAAUUAGAGGUACUUGAGGAUACCACUAUUUUGGAGAGAAUGUUAGAUUUAUGUAAUUCAGCAAAAAAGCCCAUUGUUGGUAUGGAAGGUACCUUGCCGGACUCAUUAGUAUCUCAAUACCAAUUAAAGUCAGUUUAUGCGGUUAUGCGCCAUGGCGAUAGAACUCCUCUCAGAGCAUCCAAAUUAGCCCAAGAUAGUAGUAAAGAAAUCAAAUUUUGGAAAUCCAGAUGUCAUGAUGCGGUUGGCUUCCAAAGAAAAAAGGUAGCAAGAUACUAUAAUGGUGUUGAUGACAGAAUUCAAAUUAAAUCUUUAGGUGAUAACGCUAACGUUGGCCACCCUUUAUCUCAUGCUACAUCUGUCUGCGACUAUGGACAACUGACUAAUGCUGGUGUUGAACAGUUUUUAAAACUAGGGAAUUUCUUUCAGGAUAUUUAUAUUAAUCAUCUUAAAUUAAUUCAAGAGGAGCAUCUUCAUCAACAGGUCAGCUUUCGCUCUACGAAAGUGAGACGGACGCAACAGAGUGCUGCAGCAUUUGUAUUUCACUUUCUAUCCAAGUUUGAUCUGAAACGAAAUAUAGUUAUUGUAGCUGGUGAAGAUACUUGGUUUCGCGAUUCCAAUGAUCAGCCUCGUGCGAAAUGUGGCAAAAUGAACGAAAUUUGGAAAGAGAGUAAAAAAGAGAAAGGAAUUAUUCACAAGUUGCGAGAGAUUGAGUCAGUCCUUGAUGAACUCGCUCCUCUAUUCAAUAAAUCUAGAAUUCAAAUAGGUAAUAUCAAGAAGAUUGCUGAUGAUUUUAUAACUAGAGUUUGUCACGAAACCGAAUUACCUUGUGGACCAAAAGGUUGUCUGAGUAAACAUCAACUAGCUAAAGUAAUUCGCAGCUUAAAUCUAGUAUCAGAAACUGAAUAUGAACCAAUUGCUCCUCUUGCUUUGUAUCCAUUACUUAAGCGAAUACAAGAAGAUAUGUAUAAAAUUGUUACUAAUUCAUCGAGUAAAGUUAAGUUUUCAUUAAUGGUUGGACAUGAUUCUACAAUUGCUCCGUUACUGUAUAGCUUGAAGAUCCAUAACGAAAAAUGGCCAAGGUAUGCGGCAAGAGUAGUUUUCGAAUUAUGGCAAUCGACAGCAACUAAAUCGGAGUACUUUAUACGAGUACUAUAUGAUGGCAAGGUCGUCACAUCAAAACUGGAAUUUUGCACUAGUUCUGAUAAUAAGGUCGAUGUUAGUCAGCUAUGUCCAUAUAACUCCUUUAAAGAUUACAUGAACAAUAAUGUAUUAAUUAAAAAGUAUGGGCAGAAUUAUCAAAAAAUAUGCCAAGGAUAA